AAACUAUAUUGUCUAAAUGGCUGGGGCGGACAAAUCUGGAAUGAACCCGGACGCAUUUAGCCAAUACCUAACAGACAUCUACGGGGGUGGAUGUGUCACGCUUUCCGUCGCAAUUGGGCACGAGCUAGGACUCUUCAAGGCCAUCUGUGAAGCACCGGGACCAUUCAGCUUGGAGGGCAUCGUCGGAAAACUAAAAUUCAAACCAAGGUAUACGAAGGAGUGGCUGUCGUCAAUGGUAUCAGCCGGUAUUCUGCACCAAGACCGGUAUUCGCGCCUCUACACCGUGCCCGAGGGUCACAAGCCAGCCCUACUGAGAGACACGGGAUUUGCACCCAUUCUUAUCUCCAUCGCCGACAGGGCCGGCCUCAUCAAAAAGUGUUUCAAAGAAGAUGGGCUACGGCAUAGGUUUUGCAGAAAGCCCUGAGUGUUUUGAGCGGUUCACCAGCUUUCGGAGCAACAUGAGCGAAUACACGGUGAAUAGCAUUGUGCAUAUGUGGAAGAAGCAGUCAGACAUUAUUCCACGUCUAGAGAGUGGUAUCAAUGUACUUGACCUCGGCUGUGGGCCUGGGAUUUUUACCAACGUUCUUGCACAGCGAUUUCCCAAUUCCACUUUCGUUGGACUCGACUACUCGGACGCCGCUAUAGAAAUGUCGAACCGAGAACUGGCCGAUCGGGGUUUAUCCAACGUGACUUUUGUGAAGGGUGACGCACAUAAGCUCCCGGAAGACUGGACGGCAGACUUCGAUAUGGUGUUCGUCUAUGACGUUCUACACGACUUACCGGACCCACACAAAACAUUAAAACAGAUUCAUCGAAUUCUGAAGCCUGACGGAUUUCUCAGCCUGAUCGAUUUCGGUUUCCAUAGCGACCCGGUAGACAACGCUGGCGACAAGACGGCCGCCAUGUUUUACAGCGACUGUUCUGGACUGAACCUUGUCCGGGCCGUUUCUUUACAGUGAAUUAGGAUUUUCAAAUGCCGUCAAGGAUCAACGUAUAGCGGCGAAGUGUCGUGGAUUCCCCGUAAGUGGGUAGGUUCGUCCUUCCGAUCUAAACAUUGUCCAGGCAAAGUAAUAUUUUCAAGAUUUGCCUUUAUGAUUUGUUAAACACAAAACGGAUUAUGUCAUUUUCACUUCUCCUUUCACCUCAUUUUAAAUGUAAUGUUGCAAAUGGUUUGCACAAUUGAGACAAAACCAAAUAAAAUGUCAUCCUACUUAAAUGGCAAAUUGAAAUAUCAAUAGCAAAACAUGUAAAAAAAUCAUUUGCAUUCACAUUGU